UUUGGUUGAAUAUGGGAAAUAUCAACGAGUUAUGCGACGAUUUGCUGGUGAAGAUUUUGCUACAAAUCCCGACAGAAGAGGUUGUCGCGACGUCGCUUUUGUCCAGACGGUGGCGUUCCGUCUGGAAACUCGUUCCAAAGCUCGAUUUUCGUGACUAUUCAUACAAAUACCACGCCACGUCCGCCGCGCCUUCAGAGUUCAUCGACAAGUUCUUGGAGCGAAACACAGCCCCUGCUCUAGAAACUCUUCAUCUCAAUCUUUAUCAUCUCCGAGAUUACUCCCCUGAGUCUUUGGAAAAAUGGGUUAACGUCGCUGUCGCUCGCAACGUUCUCGAUCUUAACCUUCUCUACUGCCUUCACUGCCGUUACCCUAUACGCUUUCCCACGAGCUUGUACACGCACGAAACCCUCGUGGUGUUACGCCUCCGAGGAACGAUCGUCGACGACGUUCCUUCGAAAACCUCUUUCCGGAGCCUCAAGACUUUGUCUCUUCGAGAUAUGAGCUUCUCGUGCGAUGGAACCGUUGAUAGGUUUUUGUCUUGCUUCCCUGUUCUCGAAACAUUGGUUGUACGUCGAUGGAUAGCCGACAAUGUGAAGACUUAUUCGAUUUGCGUGCCGUCGCUGCGGAGCUUAGACGUGGAGGAGUUAGUUGGUGGUUAUGCUGAUCCGAGAUAUGAUCAUGGAUACGUGAUCAACACUCCUCGUUUAAAGUUUUUGCAUAUGGUCGACCAUUUUAGCGGGUUUUGUUCGUUGGUGAACGUCCCUGAGGAACUGGAAGCGGAGAUUCAUCUUAGGUUUUGUGAUUCUGACAAGCUUCUGGGAUCUCUUACCUCAGCUAAAAAACUUUCCUUGUGUUUAAAACCACAAAUGGAUUCAUGUCUAAAAGGCGACUUUGAUCAGCUCGUGUUUCUAGAGCUUUGUGUUAUGUGCUCCUUAGAUUGGUUGAAUGUUAUCCUCAAGCAUUCUCCUAAACUCCGAGCUCUCAGGCUCUCGAGAACGAGACACAGCUGCCAGAAUUCUAGAAAUGUCCGAACUAACUGGGAGCGACCGACUUGUAUUCCUGACUGUUUGACGUCCAGUCUCGAAACUGUGGAGUGGAUUGCGUAUGAAGGAACAGAAGAAGAGGAAAAUGUGGUGAAGUUUUUGUUAGAGAAUGGGAACCUUUGCUUUAAAAAGCGUUGGCGCAAGGCUAUCUAUGGCAAGUUCAGUUAUGAAAUUCUUAGAUUGGGGCGAGGAGCGAGAGGCUAGCUCAGGCGACGGAGAUACCACCUUUGUGCACUUUUGAAGAUCAAAGCGAGGGGCACAAAAAGCGCAAGAGACCAUAGCCUUUUUUUUAAUUCUCAAAUAAACCAUGCUUUUUAAUUUAAGUUUUGCACCUCACUUUUUAAUUCAGUUUUAUUUUUAAGAGUCUAGUACAGUAUGUCUCUUUGCCUUUAAAUUUCUUCUUUUUCAACAUACUAUCUUCUCAUCUGAUUCUAUCUCUUUCAUACAUACAUACUAUUGUGUAGUGAGAUUAACUCUGGUCUCUGUCACUUAAUUACAUAUGCAUAACUUGAAGAAAAUGAAGAAGCAUAGUAGUAUAUAUAAUUUUAUUCCUUAAUACGAAUCCACUUAAAAGGGUAACAAUUUUCGGGCUCAAGUUCUGUACUGAACAUUUUUCUAUUUUCUUUUUAAAUCAAAAUAACUUCGUUUAUUUGUUGACUAAAUUCUGUUAGAACCCAAUGUUAAUUCAGGUAUAUUAAAAAAAAUCAGAUUAUUUUUCAAAUUAUAACAGAAAUGAUAUCGUAUUUAGCACUGACCAUUUAUUUGGAUCGUAUUUAAUACAACUGAAAUUGUUAAUGUACUCUUUCUGUUAACAAAUAUCAUCCAUUGUCGUGA